AUGGGGAAGAAGAAGAAGAGACCGUCGAAGGUGUGGUGCUACUACUGUGACCGGGAAUUCGACGACGAGAAGAUUCUUGUGCAGCACCAAAAGGCGAAGCAUUUCAAGUGCCACGUCUGCCACAAGAAGCUCUCGACUGCCGGGGGCAUGGCGAUCCACGUUCUCCAGGUCCAUAAAGAGACCGUCACGAAGUAUGCCUUCAUCUUCCUCGUUUUCUUUCCCACCCUCUUAAUAUUUCUUUGACACUGUAAAGCUAGAGCUUCUAUAGAUAUUCUGGUCUGUUUGGUGACUUUUAUUUAUGUAUCUUAUUGGUGGCCUCAUUGGUAUGAUUCAUUUGCGAAAACCUUGAUGGCAUGGGAGGAUAAUAUUGAACCUAAUUUGAUGAACCACAGUGAUAAGUUAUCGGUGUACCUCUGGAUAGGGCAGGUUUGGCAAGCGACAUAAUUUGAGAUCAUGUUUCCUAAUUGGCAAUGUCCACAUCAUACUGCAAGCUCUAAUGUGUCUGUCUGUUCGGGCUUCUGGCGUUGUGCUAGGAAGCUUGGGUUAAUCAAUGAUAUUACAGCUGAGAAUGGGCACAGAAAAAGAAAGGCAGCAAUUUAAAGCUUAAAAGUUAGGAAGCCAUCUUCUGAUGAAAUCUGAAUAUUUUUUCAUGAAAUGCAAUAAAAAAUAACUUGAGGUGAUGGAGAAGAUGCUUCCACUAGGGAUGCUAUGGCUGCAGUCAUCUAUGAGUGUCUACAGUCCGAUGUCAGCUGUGGCAGUUCGUGACUGGGUCUUGUUGCUUCUAUGGCUGUUGGCAGCUGUUCUUUGCUUGCUGUAGAAGACUAUCUCUGCUGGGAUAAGAUGCAGAGAAAAAAGAGAACCCAAAAAUCUGUAGCCAUUGCUUCUUGAACAAGUAUUGUCUGUAGACCCCUUUCGCAAGAAUUCGAUGAAAAAGGUUUUAAGAGUUAAUUUACUAUUCCGUGUAACUCUGAACUGUUGUCAAGGUUAUCGAAAAAUACAUAAAUGUUUUUGUUUCCAAUUGUCUUGAGCUCCCUGUUAUUUCCGAUUCUCUGAUGUACUGUUUUCAGAGUCCUCUGUAGUGGUGGAUUAAACGGAAUCUGGCAAACCUACCCCAUGUCAAUAAGCUGUAGAUGGACGGGUUUGAUUCAAAGUUUUUUCCACUUUAAGGCUGGCGUUUGCCAGAAGUUAUUGAAAGGGAAUGAGGUCAUGUCCAGUAUGAAUCAAGAUUUAACAAGCUUGAUUCAACAAGCACUUAUCCUAGUAUACUUGUGAUUAUGGGAUGACUGACCGAGUGUUGGCAUUGAAUGUCGGCUUUGGAAAAUGAGACAAAAUUUUAUUGUAUACAUUGAAUGCCAUAUCAAUGCACUUUGGCCAUUGUCCUGAAGAUCUGGCAUUUUGAACGGUCAAGACUAAACUUGCGUGAACAGGCAGGGGCCUGGUAUUGCAAAACAUUCUUGUUUUUCGUGAGCAAGUUGAGGAUAAGCAUAGACCGGGAGAUUCCCUAAUUGGUCAACAUUUCAAGGUUAUCUGAGGGUCAGGGAAGAUACAUCUUGGCAAACUGAGACGUCUUUAUUUCCAGGUAAAAAGAAUGUUAUAACAAUUCCAGUUGUAGUAUUUUGUGAUGUAGAAUUGGCCUAAAGUGAGUAGUUAUAUUGUUUCUUUCAGAUAAGGAUAAUACGAUAAUGGACUGAUGCAAGACAUUGCAGCUUUUCUUUUUUGAAUAUAAAGGUUCUCUCAAUUUUUCAUAGGGGUUCUUGAAUCUGAGGAUGUAUAACCAGAAUUGGAUUACGGAGUCAACAAGUCUGAUUCUGACUUUAGUCGGAUAUGAACUGGCCUAAUGUGACGAAUGGUUUGGCAUCAGUACAUAUCAAGGACUGCUAACUUCACUAUAUUCAGACAAGGAUGAUUUUCAGGUAGCAAGAAAUAGGUGAACCACUUCUUCUGGAAGCUGAGAUUUUAAAAUUGAAAAGAUGAGUGGUUUCUUAAGAGGGAUAAUGAGGUAGCAGAAGAAAAGAAGAAAAGUUCUUUUUGGUAAUUGUUUUGAAUACGUGCUCUGGAAAUUUUCUUCACUACAAUAUGAUGAAACUGAUCACAUAAAUAAAAGCAAAAUAAUUUAUUUCUCGACUGAUCAAUGUCAUGGUCUGUGUGUGACUAUCUCUAUAGGUAGAUAUGUUUUGUGUGCUAGAUGAGUACAUCUGCAAUUGAGCAUUAAGAGAUGUGCAGCGUGGAGAGCAUGUUUUACAUGGGGCAUCUCUGCUCCUGGGGUAUUGCGGAUGGAUAACCAUGAGGAAGUCGGAUAACUUCUUGAAAUACAUGACAGUGGAUUUUAUGUUUAGAAAGUUGUAUUCGUAUUCACCCGCCUAUUGUGUGGUUAAACACCUUUCGUUCCUCAUCCCCCCUUCAUGAAAUAUAUCUUGAUCAUUUAUUUUUCAUCAUUUGUUUUUCUGUGAUUCCCUUUUCGAACACAAAAUGAUGGCACCACGUUACUUUCCGGGGUUCACACUUCAAGUGUAGCUUGACUGGUUAUUUCUCUUGGACUUCAUUCUAGGUACUGAUUUUCUCUUUUUUUUCAAGGGUCCCCAAUUCUAAGCCUGACCGAGAAUCGACAGAAAUCGAAAUAUAUGGAAUGCAAGGAAUUCCUCCUGAAAUUUUAGCAGCUCAUUACGGAGAAGGUAUUUCCAUAUUCGACAUAUCUUGGUGUUGGCUUUAUUCUUAUUCAUACUCAUAUUGUAGGAAUAAUGACUCUUGUUACAUUUUCAUGGAAGGUUGUAAUUGACACCUUUAAAUUUCCAACGUUUCUAUCGUAAUGAAACAUUUUUCAGGAUUUCUUCUCUUGGUUUUGUAAUUUUUGACAUAUCCGCCAUUUAUAAGAAGAAAAGAAGAAGACGAUGACUGGGGAGAAUUCAGAUGGAGACUAAUUUAGAAAUGUUAGUUAAAUGCGAUGUCGGGCAAAAUCAGGACAGAAUGCGUCCUUGGUCCCUUUUAGUCAGAGUUUAGUAGACAAUGAUAACAAUUCACUGAUGAAUUGCUGUGUCAAUUGUUUGCUGGAAGACAUUGUUCACUUUUGUGUGUGCUUCUUUUCUCUGUCCCGUGAAUAUCUAUGUUAAGUUGGUACGAUUAAGCUCUCUAUUUUUCUUCAAACUUUGGAGCAUGGAAAAUAUAAUUUCUUGCCUUCUUGUUCAUAGAGCAAUUUCUCUCUCUGGUUUGAAAAUUUUAUCUUCUUUUUCCUUAAUCCUGUUUAGGACCUUGGUCCUUCUGAUUUCCAAAACAUUUAAUAUUUGCGGGCCUUGUGAGAGCCAUGCUCUCCAUUUUCGUUGCUUUUUCAAAUUUGAAUUGUGUGCCUUGUUUCUUUUAGUGGUUUUUGUGUGUAAUCAUAUCUUUCGUGAUUCAUCCCCCUCUUUCACGUUUGUCAUCAUUUCACUUCUUUGCUUAUUUUUGUUCAUUGAGAGGACUUGUAAGUCUCUGAAAGGUAUAGAUAGUUGUUGGCUAGUCGUUUUGUGAAAUGCUUAAGCUUUUGCAGUGAAACAACAAAGUAAUACGCUAAAAAGAGGUUUGUUGCUUUUGCUUGUGUCAUGAAAAUGAUCAGGUGCUGGUAUGCAUGUCAUGCAGAGAGCUAGAUGGACUAAACAGCAGGUUUCUUUUCCGUUUUUACCCAUGACGACAUGAUCGCUCGUUCCUAGCAUAUUCCUUUUGUUACCGUGUUUUGUAGUACUAGUUUGGAAUCUGUUAAAAAUUAUCAACUGAAAUAUCUGUUUUUUUUUUCACUAGGUUGACAUAUUUUGGUCUCGUUUAUUUUGGAAUUGGUCCUGGAAAAUGGUGUAACGUGCUGAUUAUAUGCUAACUUUAUCAGUGCUAUAGGACUAAUGAGAAUAUGGCCGUCUUUAGUCUUUCUUACUCAAAAGACUUGAAAGAUAAUGGACGGCCUCAUGAUCAUUUUAAUAUGCUCUUCCAGAAAUGGAGGACCAUUCCAGUAAAGUGAAGGAACAUUCACCAAUGUGCUGCCUUUUGGCAUCCCAGAACGUUAGCUCUAUUUCUCGUUUGUUUUUUUCGUUUUAUACAUAUUCUUUUUGAUUGGGAAGAUUGGGGGGAGGCAUGAAAAUGAUCAAUGAUCUAACCCUGAAUAUGGCAGCAAUGAUCAAAAUCAAUUAAUUAACUAAUCGCCCUUAGUUGAACAAAAAUGUUCCAAAUUUCAUUUUGUUAAACUGUUCGCAGGCCUUGAGUUUGCUUGCUUUGAAUGGUUUAUGGGUAUAUGAUUGUGAGUUGUUCACCGCUGAAAAGGGAGAUUAAGUCAUCUGAGAGGUGGACCUGGGCCAUGUGUCGAGACUGGAGAUCCUCUGUUUUGCCUCAGCCUCUCUUGCGAGAGAGUGAAGAACAACAGCUUUCCAGUUCAAAAAUAGGGAGAGAACAGAAGAUUGGUAGAGGGAAAUGGAGAAGGAUGAAAUGGAAAAAUAUUGAAUGGAGUGGGGAGUGAGAGGGCUGUGUCAUACUUUACAAUUGUUUGCAUAUUCUGCCUAGCUUAUCAUCACUUCUGUUAUUUCUACUGGCUGCCACCAUCACAAAGGUUUCUUUAUUUAUGUUUUCUUAUAUCUUUCCUUCUAUUUCCUUUCUUGCUUUCCUGUUCUGCUGCUGAUACUAUUCCUACUUUAUCCCCCACCUCUGUUUCUUCUUUCUUACCCUUUAUUUAUUUUUUCUUUUUUCCUUUUUUUCCAUUUAUUUUCCUCAUCUCAUCAUAUUUCUAUUUUAUUAUUCUGCUUUUUUAAAAGAAGCCAAAUGCCGUUGGAUGACAACUGAUUUGGACCAGGAAUCUGCUUUUGAGCCUGAGCAACAGAGUGUCACGGGCUGGUGACAGUGGUUCUCAUUUGAUGACAUUUCUAUAAUUAUCAGACCUACCCUAGUUGGGUAAACAAAGCCAAUUGGUUCAUUCUGUUUUUUUAAUCUGUUUAGCUAUAUUAUUGCAAUGCCGAUGGUCUGUUUUUGUGUCUCAUCUGGGUAGAAACUGAGGUUGCCUAAAUGAGGAUCCCAGAUGCUUAUUAUAGUUUCUUUAAUAGUUCUCAGCAUUGUGAACGUUUUUUCUUUUUCCUCACAUGUUGUUAUCAUCAUCUAUCACAAAACAUAAUUAUGUUGCAAGCAGUUGUACUGAAUAUGCUGUUGCUCUUGACCAUUUAUUUGUAUCUAUCUUUGGAUGUAGAUGAUGAUGCUCCAUCAAAGGUUGCCAAAGUGGAUGCUCCCUCUCAGAUAGUUAGCAACCUGGUGUCUGGAUCAUUAGGCGUUGGGCUUCCUCCACUACCAGCUUACGGCGUUGUACCACCCAUGUAUGCAUUCCAGUGCCCGAAAACUUUCAUCAUAUUCACUUUCUUUUAAUCAUAGGACUGAAGUCUGUCUAAAACUGGUGUUCCACUCCCAAUUCACUUCUAGAGGAUAACGCCUUUCUUGUAUUUCUCCGGUAAUGAUACUGUAUAUGGAACAUUGACCGAUUGCUAGACCUUCAGAGUUUUUUAUCGUUCUUAUGUUAAAAAAUCUUAAAUGCGACACAAUUUUGGGGUGCCUGUAAGUAUGGUUAACAAUUUUUUUUUUCCUUACAGCUACAAUCCCGCAACAUUGACUGCACAGCCUUCUGUCUGGCCACUUCCACCUCGUCCACAACCAUGGUUUCAACCUAUGCCAGUUGGUCCUCUUCCACCUGCCAUGCCUUCAGGACUGGCAACACAACCUGGUUUGUUUCCCAUACAGAACGCUCAGAAUAUGUUAACUUCCACUCCUCCUGGAUACCAGCAAGGAUCUCAAAUUGGUCCACCUGGUCUCCCUUCAUCAGCGCCUUUUCCUGUGUCUCAACCAUUAUUUCCUAUUAGUACUAGUAGUGCUCCAUCAUUAGGUCCUCCUGGUCUCCCUUCAUCAACAGCUUCUGUAUCCCAACCAUUAUUCCCGAUUACUAGUACAAGUAGUAUUCCUUCACAAGGUUCAUUUCUAUCAGCAAAAAUUCCUGGAACUGCUCCAUUGAGUUCAAUUGAACUGACGAGUUCAGUGGAUGCGAGUUCUAUGACAACUACAGUUGUGGGAAGCUAUAAUCCUCCAAGCACACAAGGUCUGGGCUUGACUUUAUAUUAACAGCUGAAUUCUGUUUACUUACUGCAUUAUUGUCAGUCGUUUCUUUACACAUCGAAUUAAUAAAUUCCGUAUAUUUACACCUUGGUUUUGAUUAGCUUCUUAGAACAAUAUUCAUGUUUAGGGUAGAUCAGGCCAUCGUGUAUCCUACUGAUGGGGAUUUUUUGUGGUUUUGUUUUGGCUUCUUCAUGCAUUUAAAAAGUACACUUGCGAUGCAUCUUGCCAUUUUUAUUGAGUAAAGGUUCUAUUUUGCCUUUUUCAGAAAACUAUAUUAGAACAAAGCUUGUGUUCAGUACUACUGGAAUCCUACUACGUCAAUUUGCAAAACAAACCGGUUAUCACUAUCAUUUAUCGCCAUCAUUGGGGGAAAAAAAAAAGCUCUGUAUGGACAUGUAGAAAAUUCUCAUAUAGGCUCACACAAGAACGACUCCUGUGAAAUUAUCACAGCAUGUUGUAGAGUGCACAGUUCAAGAGGACUCCCAUACCGAGCCUUUUUUGCUUAUCUUUGUUUUCUAAGGAUCGAUGAUCUUUCUGCUCCAAUUUCUAUCUUUUCCCCUCCCACUGAAUGAAUUUUUUUCUUGCCAUAAUGUUCAGUCCUAUUAUAUUAAUAUCAGUAAUAUAGCUAUGUUCCCAGAUGUAGAAAUAUAAGGAGGAUCCCUUUCCAUUGAAAGAAAGGAGUGAAAAUUCAUGCCGAUACAGGACAUAGGAAUGAAAAUAAAUGACUAAAUUAACCCAAUUUUCCUGAUGCUUCUUGCCGUAAAUUAUAGAAGCAAUCAAAUCAAGCCUGUAUAUUUCCAGAUGCUGCCAUUUAGUAAUUUGUUGUUUUUCCCUUAUACCAAGUUUGAUGCUUCUCAAGUUAUUUGAUUCUCUAGCUUCUAUUUUCACUUUGAAAUACUUAAGUCAGAAGCAUGAAUAAGAUCUAAUCCAUGUUUAUAUCACCAUGUCUACAUGCUGAACUCCCACUUAUUGUUAUUUUCUUCCACGACUUGUUAUGGAUUUUAAAUAUCGUAGGGGAUUUCUUAAAGGUAACUGUCUGAUAAGCUUGAGCAUCCACAUAGAUGUCAUAACUGACUUAUUUGAAAUUGAUGUAGGCGCUCAUGACAAAAGGAUUUGGAAGAGAAAUUGAAUUGGGAUGACAUAAUUGCCAACGGGUUGAUCAAAAUAUGUUGGGAGAAAUGUCUGGUUUUGUGAUCAAGGAUAUGGCUCGAAUUGGGAUUUAAUUAAGGAAAUGCUAGGCGGUUGAAAGGAGUCCCACUUGCCAAUAUUGUUGUGGGAAAUAAUAAUUUUCUAAUAAUCCUUUUUUCACACAAAAGCAAGAACCACAGGCACUGGAACCAUAGCAAUGUAUCUAAGGAUGGCUUAAGGGGGAGAGCAUGGGUCAAAGUUAGUUCUCUUAUGUGAUUAGUAUAGGAUGACUGUAACAAAAUAUUUACUUUUUUGUAAACCCUAGAGAUUAGGGUAGUUGACAUCAAUUACUGGGUUGCUUCUUUACCUUUCGUUUUCCAAUUGAGGCAGCCUUUGUUUGAUAUAUCUCACAUUCCCAUAUCUUGGAAUACGUUUUCCUCUUUGCAGGUGGUGCAUCGUUCCUCAGCUCACAUAUGUACGCUUCUGGACCGAAUACCGGUGGCCCCUCAAUCGGGCCUCCACCUGUGAUAUCUAACAAACCACCUGCUUCUCAGCCUGCCACUAAUGAGGUCUACUUGGUCUGGGAUGAUGAGGCAAUGUCGAUGGUCAGUUUCCAGAAUCACUCAUAUACAUACAUAUCAUGUUCAAGUACAGUCAUUCGCUAGAGACUUUCAGUCAUCUGUGUUAUUUUCCUGUCGAAUUUCAGGAGGAAAGAAGAAUGUUCUUGCCGAAGUAUCAGGUGCAUGAUGAAACUUCCCAGGUAAGUUGUAACCAUCUCUUUUAGCUGGUACCCACACUACCCACAAGAUGCACGCUUCAAAUCUUGUAGGUAGACUCUUUUUUUCUUUUGAAGGCCUUUAGAUUCCUGCUAUUUUUAAUUCCUCAAAAGAUUUUUUUAAACCCUGGGACAUUAAAUAUUCAUUCCACAGACCUCCAUAAGAUUAAAUGGCCCAAUUGACUUUUGUUCUUGGUUUAAAUGCUCAAUAAUGUUUGUUCUUCUAGGCCUUUUUUUAAUAUUAAUUUAUACUAUGAGACAUGUUGAAUGGUAGUCCUCAGCCUCUGCUUUGCGAGGAAUUCAACCUAGUUUGUGGCGUCAAAACUUCCAAGUAGGUAUCCAAAAGUUUAUUUCUGCUAGCUUAGCAUUGCAAAGUCUGACAGACUUGUACGGACUCUGAUACCGGCAAAAAAGGGGCUCUUGCCGUAGCAGGAAGUGCCCAUGUGAAAAAGAAUGUGUAUGCAUGUGUAUGUAUGAUUAUCAUUUCGAUCAAGGUUUCACCUCUGUCCAUUGUAUUCGUUCAUUCUCCCCAUCGCCAACGAGCUUGGGCGUUUGGGUGGACCAAGAACAUGGCUGGGAGACGGAUUUUUCUUUUGGCCGUUUUGUGGGGUUUCUUGUUUAUCUGUUUUUGAUCACAGUGUGCGACCAGCCAAUGGUACAGGUCAGCUUUUAUUCAGCCAGCAACAGUUUGCUAUCUAUCUCUUCUAGAUAGUUGAAUCUCUGUUCAUAUUCCUCCUUUCUUCAUCCGAGACAGUAAUCAAAUGGGGUGUCUCUGAUUAAUGCUUUCUUCUCUCUGUUUCAGAUGAACUCCAUUGAUGCAGCCAUUGACCGCAGAAUAUCAGAGAGUCGCCUCGCUGGACGUAUGGCCUUCUAA